GCCGUCUAUUUUGACGACUUCCCAAAAGCUAGACCGCUCGACAGUGCACGAUAAAUCUGACCAGCCUUGAAGGAUGUGUUGCCUGAGGACAUGGUCUUGGCACGCUCUAUUUGCUGGCAACUCUUGAAAUGUCUGCCAGAUGAUGCGUAAGCGUUUUUGAGCUUCGCCUGAGGACAUUAUGAUCUGGACUCUGGAUAUAUCUUCCACUCGACCCUCCGAUUAUUCCAGACUCCAAACCACUUCUCAUCUGCUUCUCACCUUCGAUACAGACUUGCUUGCCCACAAAAUCACGCGAUCAAGUCACACCUUGCGUCAAUACGAAAUCUUCUUUACCCAGUGCCUCGUUCACAAUGAGGACCGGAAGUGCGAUCACCGGCCUCGCCGGCCUCGCCUCAAUUUCAAGUGGCGUAACUGCUUCGCUGCCCAACAUCAUCGCAGGCUGCGAUCACAUUUGCAAGCAGCGGAUGCUGUACUCAACACUCGAUGCCGGGGUAAGAUUCGGCGUCGAUCUGGCCUUGGAUGCCUACAAUUCCGCCAAAUGGUGUGCCUCUGAGGAUUCGUGUCCAGCCACCAUCGAUUCCGCGUGCAGUAUGAUCACCAGGAGAUUGAUUAGCGGAGCCGGGCACGUCCUCAGAAAUGGCGAUGAUGUGGAUUACGUCAACUUUGAGGCCAAAUCGUUUCAACAAGCAACAUACUGGGGCGCAGAGUGGGGAUACCGAGCUUUGAACCGCACCAGCGAAGGCAUCGAUAUCAAUCCAGUUGCCAUGAAGCGUUUGAAGAAAACUUUGAAGUACUUCCCGAUAAUGCCAGAGGGAUCGGUUGUCAAUGAAGAGGCUUUCGAGGAGGAAAUGAACAAGCCCUCUCCAGCGAAACCUGCGCCCUUGAUGCAGCCGAGAGAUGUUGCUCCACUUACUUCGACUACCUCGCCGAGUAGAGGUGCUUGUGGGAUCUUGCCUUCGUUCACCACGCACUAUAAUGCGCAAGGGUUGAACGUGACAAUCGACCUCUGUGCACAUUCGAACGAUGCGAUAGGUACAUAUCCUACCCUGACUUCAGCCCAUUCGACAUCGAUGACCGAUUCCGGACCAGUUACUACGACUGUGAAUUCUGCUACAAAUGGAGAGACGCCCACUGCUUCAAAAUCAACAUCGGAAGCGCUGGUCACCGCUAUUCUACCUGGUGGAUCAACCGCGAUCGUGACGGCUCUUCUACCGGCAGGAUCGCCUACUGCGUUACCAGAGACAAGUGACACUGCUGCGAUCUCCGACUCCGCUAGCACGUCUGCUGCUGCAACCACAACACGAAGUUCUCUCGCAACCUCUUCGCACCAUGCAACGAGACCAUCCACUGUCAAUUUUGCCACAACUUUGCCAGCUCACGAUCCGUCGUCGCAGCCUAAAUCCGCAUCUUCGUCUUCUCUCGAACACACAGCUCCCGCCGAUCCGAAAUCCGUUGGAUCCUCAAGUGUGGCAUCUUCCACCCAAAAGACAGCGGGAUCUUCUCCGACCGGCAGCGAUCCGCAUUCAAGCCAAACCUCCGCUCAUCCGCCGAGUGCUGGAGAAAGUUAUGGUGCUAAUGAUUAUGACGAAGACGACGAGCAUGAUGACCAUAAACUCCUCUUGGGACUUGGUGUUGGCCUAGGUCUCGGCGUUCCGGUAGUUGGCGGAGUCCUCUGGGCCUUGGGCGAUCACUUUCUGGUCGAGAAAACGCUCAGCGCCAUCAUCAAAGACACUGUGCUCAAAGGAGCCGUGUGGCUCAAAUCUCUCCUCCAAGCAAAAGACGAGUCAGUGGAUCGCAUUACACAGAUGAGUGCUGAAGAUGCACAAUUUCUGCGCCAGCCAGGCUUGCGCCAGUUGGACGAGACAAACUACCGCUUUGAAAGAAUCAUGCAAGAUUACGUCGACCAGGACAUUCCAGACGUGCGCGCGCGAAUCGAGGAUUUGGAGGGUGAGUUCAAUCCAGAACAGGCUAUGACGCUCCCGGAUGGCACGCUCUUUGACAAUGGACUUCGACGGGUAUUCCGUUACGAAAGGUACAGCCCGAGCCGCGGCAUGAUGGAGAGCGAAUAUGUUCGCCCCGCUGACCCCGGCAACUCACUCAACUAUUAUCUGGAAGACUAUGGCUGGCGUCGCUUCGUCAAAACCACUCCCGAAGGACACCCGGUCCUAAGAAAUGGUCGACCACGCUACACAUGGAAGAGACCUGCAGACUUGCUCCUCAUCGACGAAGACCUCGAGUGGCGAAACGUUCGUUCCCGAUUCGGAAGGCGUGACGCCGACACUUCUAAUCCCGUUUUCGAAUACCUUUCAAACCCCAUCGGCACUCCCGUAGGCGACGACCUCUCCUCUCAACCCAUCAUAAAACUCAACGGAGAAUCCAUCAUCGUCGACAGCGUCGGCCGCGUCCAAGACUCGCUCGGAGACACCAUCGCAGCGGAAAUGCUCCCUUCCGCAAACUCCUCGCCCACGCUCCGAAAAUUUCUGAAAGAUAUCGGCAGCAAGUAUCUUUUGAUCUGGGAUGCUGCGGAUGGAGAAAAUUUGCAGAUCAUCUCGAAGGAAGAGUUUUUGAACAGGCCGGGAAACCCUGUGCUUCGGAAUCCGGCUCGUGGGUCGAUUUUUGGGAAUUCUAUUCCUGCUGCUGCUGGAACUACGACUAAGUAUCUUUCGACGGAUUAUGUUACGAGGACUCAUCAUGUGGACUUUACGACUUUGUAUGAGAGUACGGCACUCGUCACUGGUUCUAUGCCUGCUCCUACUACGCUGGCUACGAUUCGAAGGUGA